AUGAGCUCAUCUUCAGGGUUGAAGCUCCCUGCACGGAGUUUGGAGGUGGCGAAGCAGAGUUCACUCACUGCCAGUUCGGCCCCUGCAGCAUCCUCAGGGACGCCAGUGGAGUCAGCAGAGGUCUAUGAGAACAUCUGCGGGAUUUGCUUCACCGACAUCCACCCCGUCGACAAUCCGCGUGGCCGUCUCAACUCGUGUGGACAUCUGUUCUGCUCCCAUUGCAUCAGGGAGUGGGCGAAGAACACAAAUGUGUGUCCAAACUGCAAGGCGCGGUUCACACGCAUCUACACAGCUCACGCCGACUCCGGAAAGGAGCAGGAGACUAAGGUGCGCAAGCGCAACUAUGUCGCGUGGGAGUCUUCCUAUUACGAUGAGGAGGACGACGACGUAGCUCACGAGGAGGCAUUGCUGGAUAGCGUACGGUGUGAUGUAUGCCAGCAGUCCCACAAUGCCGCGCGCAUGAUCUUCUGCGACCGUCGUCAAUGCGUCUAUGUUGCCCAUCUUGACUGCCUCAGCUUGGCGGAGCGCCCAGUAACAUUUCUAUGCGCCGCCUGUUCGAAACUGCGGGAGAAAGAUGAUCAUGUACCGUUGACAGAAAGCUUCAGUGGAACGUCGCUCCCUGAUGCUUCGUCGGAGCCACCAGUACCGCUGACGCCGGUAGCUGCAGGACCGGCACUGGCGCAAUGUACAGCGGUGGCAUGCGCAGCGGCUACAGCUGCUGUCGUUGCACAGAAGCAAACUACUGUCUCUCUGGUGGAUACUGGCGGUAGUAGCUGUAACGCGGAGCUUCCUACGAGAGCGUCGUUUAGUUCCGCACCGACCUUCACCAUGAUGGCUGCUCCUGUGCCUCGUGUGGUUCGACUGGCGGACAACCCCACCGCGGAACACCACGGCAACAGCCGAAGGUCCUUCUCUACGGCGUCGUCUAGGCGCACGGAGUCGUCGACGGUGCCCCGUGUCGCCGUCGACUUUUCAAAGCCGCAUUUGCAUCUCAUGUCGUCCGCCACAACGGCAUCACCGCGGAAUUCGAGACGCCCCUCUGCGCCUCCGCCCACGGGGAAUGCCACUGCGGCGGAUGACAACUACUACUUCCUAGCCCCUACUUCACAUGCCGUUGCAGCCAUGAUUGAGCUCAACAGGAUAAAGCAGGCGCGCGCUGCGGAGGCGCAGACCCGACACCAGCACGCGCGGUCGAGAGCAGAGCGCCUGCAAGCGGUGUACCGUGCCCCUCAGAGUGAUGUGCUUCCCAGUGGCGCCCGGAAGAGAACCCAUCGCACUGCGGCGGAUGAGAUAACAGCAGAGCUUGAGUCGGCAGAGAAGGAGUUCGGUGAUCCGCAGCAGAGACGCCUGAUGGAGGAGCGCAUGGUGCGUAAGUGGGCCACUGACAUACUCCCCGUGCUGCGACGCCGUCGCUACAUCGAGGGAGACACCACCACGUCGGAAAGCGACUUGUGGGCGCAGGCAGUCACGCAAGCUCGCUCAAUGGUGCGUGAGAAGCUGGUGGCGAGGGGUGAAUCACUGAGGCGCAGACGCGAGCAGCUGGUGCGUGCGGAGGCACAGCGAGAGGCGGCUGCGCUAGCAAAGCUCGCACGCAUCAUUGCGCAGCACCGCGAACACCCUCCGAGGCUGGUCUAG